CGCUACAUCGCUUGCGUGCGAGACACCCCUGAAGGUAUACUGUAACCUUAAUCCUGCAGAGCUCAACCCUUACACCACAGUGACUGUACCUCACACUAGGAGUUAGACUUAGUUAGAGUAUCUCCUUCAGUUCAAUGGCCAGUGUUAUUAAAAAGGGCAACACAAUUUCCCCGUCUCAAACCUGGAUCUGUUGAUCCAGAGUUCAGCUGUUACACCAUUGUACCUCCCACCAGGAGAAGUUAGUUUUAGUAUUGCUCCCCAGCCAGUGUUACAUUGAUGGCAGUUGUGACUCAAAGGCACGAUUAACCAUGUCCCUGGCAAGACUCCAGCCUGGAUCUGUUGAUCAAGAGUCCAACAUUUACACCAUUAUACAUCCCACUAGGAGGUAGAGUAUUGUUGACGGGAAGCAACAAGCUUGGGAUAGAUUAAUUAGUAACCUUUGACAUGCAUAUAUACAUUUAUUUAAUUUAGUAAACAUAGACUUAUUGUUAUGAAGGGUACCAUUCAGUACGAUGUAAACUACAUGAGGAGACCAGGGCAAAGAGUGGUGUUGAGACCUAAAAAUGGUCAACGAAUGGAUCAUGGGAUGAUGAAUGAAACUGCUCCUGGAAGUAACAGUCAUGAAAACACUGGACAAGCACAAGUCAUUUCUACUUCCAAGUGUGUACAAAACAGCUCCUCUGAAAGGCACCCUGCAGAAUCAACAACAACAGUUAAGACAAAACAAGAAGACUUGCAUCCAAAUUCAAGAAUACCAAAUGAAUUUAGGACUCCUCUAGUUGAACGGGACAAAUCUAACAGAACACCUUCUUUUCCUCCUCCACCGAAAACACCCUUAGCAGCCUCCACCCCUACAGCUAUGGUGCCAGCCCAGAAAAGCAGUACCAGUGCUAUGACCACGCCUUUAGAAAAUAGGACAUGUGGAACCACCCCACAACAAGAGAACUACAGUGUUCUUCCAGAAGAUGACCCUCUUUUAUGGAAUCAGUCAUUUGGUUUUGAAGAAGCGUUGAUAUCCUGUAGCGAGGAAGUACUGAUGAGGCCAGGCGAAUCCAAACUUGAAAACCGUACGAUCAAACAAGCUGACAGGAAUUUUACUAGAUGUAACAACAGAAACGUGGCAGCCCCACCCAAUUCGUCUUUAAGUAACAACUGCAGUAACACUGCCAUCAACAAACAUUUCGCCUGUUCCAAAUCGUAUCAUCCAACCUCAAGCAAAGCUGUCAUUUCGGGGCACUCGGAUCAACCAGAAAACACGAAACGGAGGAGAGUAGAGGGACACACUGCCAGAUGAUAUGGAAUGAUGCUUCGGUGGCAGUAUGAAUACACGCGGGUCUGUCUCGCGUGGGAAGAAUCGCGCGAGAGAGAGACACCGCUCGAAUCGAAAAAUCAUAAGUUGAUGACGUAGUACCACAGACAUCUGUGACCUCUCUGAUUUUUUCCUUGCUAGGUUUUGUAAUUUUGCGCGGAAAUUUCGACCAGUCAGAGACACUUCACGGAUGGCUGUUUUAGUUGCGUUAUCGGCGCGGCCGUUUCUUGGAUUGAAUCUCGGAUGUCAUUUUCGUUGGAGGGAGGGUGUGGGGUUAAUUUCUCAGAGUGGUGUCUCACUGUCGAGGUAUCGCGAGAAACGUUUGCCGUCUAAUUCCCAAAGAACAUUCAUAAAAUCACAAGAAGUUUACUGGGUAUCCUAAAACCAGGCAUGCUUUGAAGACACUGAAAAAGUUGUACCCCAACAUUACCAGAUAUAAGUUAGUUUUUGUUUUUCGUGUGGACGUUAUUGCAAAGUAACUUUUGAAUUACUUUUUAUUUGGUUUUAUUUGCCUCCCAAAACAGUUUAAAAUUAGUGACACACUGUUUUUUUCCUCUUGCAUUUUAAGCUAAAGCAUUAGGUUUUUGAAACAAUAGUUGCGUCGAGUCGACUACCCUUUUAAAAUCUGUUCAUUCUGCAAGCAAAGUCUGUUUUUGUUUCUUAUCUAUUUCCUCUUUCCUUUUAGCUCAACCCGCAAAGUUGUUUUAAUUUAUAUUUGUGACAGAGCAGAUGAUGGAAUAAAGUUUACUUUUUAUGAAUUUUCCGACUAAGGCUUAGAUAUACUGGAGUGGGAAUCAAUUUAAAGUGAACAUAAGCUUAUAUGUUUUAUAACACAAGAGAAAUAUAAUGAGCAACGUAGACGUGUGGUUUCUGCCCCUCGAGCAACACUAUCGGCCACUUUCACUUCUUUGUGUUCUCCAAACUUCCUGCGUACAUCAUAACUCGAUGAUACUCGCUAAAGCCGUGGUCAAACAGCGCAUGAUAGUCCAUGAUAGUUGAUUUUCAAUCAAGGAGCUUUAAGUAACCACGACGGCGACGCCGAGGACAACGUUGAUUAAAAAACGAAUUUAUA